AUGCCCGACUCCACGCUAGAAGCUGCAAAGAGACGGGAGCAGCCAGAGCCGGAUAUGAGUAGCGCAUAUGAUGACCAGGAACUGGCUCUGGCAAUGUACAUGAACAGCCUCGGGCUUGAGCUACGAGAUCACUAUCAUGACACAUCGGGAGAAGAACAAACCCUGGAAGAAGCUGCAGAUAUGGCUGAGAGAGCCACAUUUGCCACUUCGAAUCAAGACCCUAACCUACCACGUUACUAUAACGAUCUCGGCCUUAUACUAUGGGAUCUGUAUUAUCACAAUGAGUGUUUUGAUACUCUUGAGCAGGCAAUCACUGCGGUCAAAAAAGCAAUAGACCUGACCUCGAAGACCGAUAUGAACAGAGUGCUAUAUCUCGAUAGAAUGUCCUAUAUGCUAUACGAUCGUGGAAGCUUGAAAGAAUCAUUCGAGGCUGCCAAAGAAGUGGUGCAAGAUUGUCCAGAGAAUCAUGAAGAGAGGUACGCAUGCGUUGAUUGGUUCGGGCGUGUUCUCUAUGAUCUGACUCUCGAUACCGGAUCAAUCCACGAACUCGAGCAUGGUUUGGAUACUGUACGACAGUCUGUCAAUAGCAUACCAGCCGACAAAUCAUACAGAGCUCAAUGCCUGUCAACACUGUCUGGAUUGCUACAUGAACAAUAUGGAGUCCGAAGUGGCAACAUUGACCCCGCUGAAGCCGUGCAAAUCGCGAGAGACGCCAUCGCCGCAGAACCAGAAGAUAGCCUGGAGAGAGCAACUUAUUUAUAUCGACUUGGACUAUUGCUAUCUGAGAUAUUCUAUUUCACCAGAGCCGGAAGUGACAUUGAAGAAUCGGUCAAGCUGCUCAGACAGGCCACAGCCGAGUAUUAUGAUGGUGACACUGAAUGGCCUUCUCGAUGGUAUGCCCUAGGAUCUUCUCUUGCACAUCGCUCAAUUGCUACAGGAUCACCAGAAGACCUUGAUGAAUCCAUUUCCAUCAUUAGAGAGAUUAUAGAAUUGUUACCAAAGGAUCAUGAGCGACACUUGAAGAUAUCGCUCCAUCUUGCAAGUCUAUUGAAGGAGCGUUAUAUACAGACCAAAGCGCAAUCAGAUUUCGACGAGGCAAUACGAGUUGUAGAAAUCAACCUGGCUGUAGCCCCAGAAGAUCAUCCGGAGAGAGGAAGGGCGUUUCACAUCCUUGGUAAUGCCGUGGGGGAAAGAUUUAACAUCACAGGAUCAAUGGAUGAUCUUGAUGAAUCUAUCAAGCAUGCUCAAAACGCAGUCCAAGCCACACCAGAAACACACCCAGAAUUUUCAGUCUUUAUCAUGAGCCUAGCCUCAGGACUUUCCGAUAGAUUUGGCCGAAUUGCAAGAUUGGCAGAUCUUGACGAAGCCAUUCGACUGUGUGAAAGAGCAUUGGAAGAAACGUCAGAGACAAGACUGUCGUGGAUACCGCUACUUCAUAAUAUGGCAGGAUCAUACAGAAAUAGAUUUCAAAGGUGUCGCAAGAUUUCCGACUUGGAGAGGUCUAUUGAACUCGGUCAGACAACAGUUGAUAGAUGUAGAAGAGACGACGUGAACCGACACCUCUAUCUUAGCGGUCUCGCAAUUUCACUGAAGACUCGGUUCCGUUACAAUCUGUCGAUGGAAGACCUCGAUACUGCUAUAGAUCUGGAGAAGGAAACACUGGAGAUAACUCCGACCGAUCAUAUCGACCACGCAUCAAAAUUACAUGCGGUAGGAAUUAGCGUAUCGUUACGAUAUAAACAGAAAAAUGAUGUAAGGGAUCUGGAGGAAGCCAUUAAUUUCGAAAAAAGAGCGCUUGAUGCUAUGGAUGAGGGUCAUUACCACCGGGCUGAAUCACUUUCCAGCAUGGGAAUAUAUCUCUUGUUACGGAGUGAAAUCACUGGAAACAAGGAUGAUGGACGGGAAGCAGCGCGACUCUACGAAAAGGCAAUAUUGCAGACACAGUCAUCAGUCCAAGAUCGAAUGGAAGCCGCUAGGAAUGUUAUGUACAUCUAUAGAGAACAAGAGGAGUGGCAGUUGGCGUACGAGGCUGCAGCGGCGGCGAUCGACAUGAUACCACAGUUGAUACUUCGAUCCCUUGGAAACGCAGAUAAACAAGAGCUUCUGAAAAAGGUUAGUGGCUUGUCUUCGGAUGCCGCUGGUCUGGCGCUUCAACUUGGCAAAGGACCUGCGAUAGCUCUGGACAUGUUGGAAAGAGGUCGUGGACUACUCGCGGCAUCUAUCGACGAAUUGCAUACCAACGUCAACGCCUUGAGAGAAGAGUUCCCGGAACUGGCAACAAAAUUUGUAUCCCUACGAGACCAACUGGGGCGGGACGACCUACCCCAACGAGAAAGUAGCUCUGCAUGGAACCAGGCCUCGGACAAGCGACACAAAGCUGGAGAGAAGUUUGACAAACUCAUUGCUGAAAUCCGUGGCCAACCUGGUUUUGAAGACUUUCUACUGCCCCCAACUGAGUGCAAGAUCAAAGAAACUGCUGAAUGUGGCCCAAUAAUUGUGGUCAAUACGAGUUUCUUACGAUGCGACGCUAUCAUAAUUGAGACGGACCAGAUCCUAUCAGUGCCUUUACCAAAAUUUGAUCGUCAAGACAUGAUGAGAUUCGUCAGAGAGGGCACCCUGCGAAGCUCUCUUGCUCUUGAGUGGUUGUGGACCUGUAUUGCUAGUCCUGUACUCAAUGCACUGGGUUUCGUCAAAACUCCAGACAGUGUUUGGCCUCAUGUAUGGUGGGUUAUGACCGGACUUCUGUCAAAGUUUCCCAUACAUGCAGCAGGGGAGCACUCGAAUGGCAGAUCAGACACGGUACUGGAUAGAGUUAUCUCAUCGUACCAGAACUCAGUGCAGUCAAUUAUUCGUGGUCGUAAACAGCCUUUCAAGGUGAAGCCCCUACAACAAGCACUUCUAGUGGGUAUGGAGAAGACUCCCGGUAGUUCAUAUUUACCUAACGCAAGGAACGAAGUAACUACUGUGCGAAAAGUUUGUGAGUCAAUGUCGAUCAAAACAGUCGAACCAGGGCCAGUUAAAGCAGCAAUCACUUCCCAACUGCUGCAGUCGGAAAUCUUUCACUAUGCUGGUCAUGCCUAUACAGACGGACACGAUCCAGCAGAGAGCUACUUAUGCUUAGGGGCUAAUAAGGCUGACUGCCUUACUGUUUCAAACCUCCUGGAUAUCAAUUUACAGAGGCAGUCCCCGUUUCUUGCCUACCUCUCUGCAUGCGGAACAGGAGAGAUUCAAUAUCACGAUUUAGCCGAUGAAGGUAUCCAUCUGAUUACUGCCUUUCAACUAUUGGGAUUUCGACAUGUUAUAGGAACUCUUUGGGCUGUUAUGGAUUCGUUGUGUGUAGAAUACGCGAGACUUGUUUACGAGUAUCUGAGAUAUCAUGGAACAUCCGACAGAGCCGUAGCUGAAGGACUGCAUCAUGCGGCGAAGAAAGCACGAGAUGCGUGGUUUGAGAAAGAAAAGAAUCAAAGAACUUUGUCAAAGAGAGUCAGGAAUAUGGCGAUUACUGAGGGUGUUGGGAGUGGAGGUGGCCAGGAGGUUACAAGGAAUGCUGGUACAAGAGAUGUCAUAGCCUGUGAGGAUAACGUAGAGUGGCCAGAUUGGAUUCCAUAUGUUCAUGUUGGAGUAUAA